GCAGCCGGCGGCGCGGUGCCUGGGAGACGGGGGAGGGCUUCCGGGGCCGCGGGUCGGACCGCGGAGAGCUGCUGUCAUGGCGGCCACCCGGUGGGUCUUGCUCUGCGCCCUGCUGCUGCUGCAGCUGGCAGGGAGAGCCCGCGGCUCGGAGGCGCCCGGCGCUGCCACCGAGGGGCCGGCAGGGGCUGGGGCCGGCCUAGGAGAUCGCUUCAAGAUCGAGGGGCGCGCGGUGGUCCCCGGAGUGAAGCCUCAGGACUGGAUCUCGGCGGCCCGAGUGCUGGUGGACGGAGAGGAGCACGUCGGCUUCCUGAAGACAGAUGGGAGUUUUGUGGUUCAUGAUAUACCCUCUGGAUCUUAUGUAGUGGAAGUUAUAUCUCCUGCUUACAGGUUUGAUCCCAUUCGAGUGGAUAUUACUUCAAAAGGAAAAAUGAGAGCAAGAUAUGUGAAUUAUAUUAAAACAUCAGAAGUGGUCAGACUGCCCUAUCCGCUUCAAAUGAAAUCUUCAGGCCCACCUUCUUACUUUAUUAAAAGGGAAUCAUGGGGCUGGACAGACUUUCUGAUGAACCCAAUGGUUAUGAUGAUGGUUCUUCCAUUGUUGAUAUUUGUACUUCUGCCCAAAGUGGUCAACACAAGUGAUCCUGACAUGAGACGGGAGAUGGAGCAGUCGAUGAAUAUGCUGAAUUCCAAUCAUGAACUGCCUGAUGUUUCUGAGUUCAUGACAAGACUCUUCUCUUCAAAAUCAUCUGGCAAGUCUAGCAGCAGCAGCAGUAAAACAGGCAAAAGUGGGGCUGGUAAAAGGAGGUAGUUGGGCAGUCCAGAGCUGGCAUUUGCACAAACAUGGCAACACUGGGUGGCAUUCAAGUCUUGAGGGAAAACCAUGUGAAGCAACUACUGUAAACUUGAGUCAUCCUUAAAGUUGAUCUCCUAUAACUGUUGUGUGCGAUAACUCUUCAGUACAUGUUUUGAACUUGGUACACAAGAAAACCCAGCUUUUAUCCUUGUGUGAGGUCAAUAUUGAUGUCACUGAAUUAAUUACAGUGCCCUAUAGUAAAUGACAUUAAUAAAUUAUAUGAAGUACUAUACAUUAUGUAUAUUAAAAUGUCUUAACCCAGA